AUGCUUCGACUCACUCGCCCAGUUUGUUCUCGGGUCGCUGUACCCACGUUUGCUCGCCUUAUUUCUACAGGUGGUGCUCUGCCCGGCGCCCAAUUGAGAGAGGACUCGCCUUCCCAAAAGGUCGAUCUUGCCGAUGAAACCAGUAAAGGCACUUUUAUCGUUGUAGGCGUUCCUGGGGCUUUCUCCCCCGGCUGCUCGCAGCGACAUAUUCCCGAGUAUCUCAAGCUUGCAGACGACUUCAAGUCCCGCGGUGUCAAGAACCUGUUUGUCGUUGCCGUUAACGAUGCGUUCGUUACCAAGGCCUGGAAAGAGCAGCUGUCUGACGCCAGUGGCUGGGCCCGCUUCUUGGCUGACCCAAAGGGUGAGUUCUCCAACGAGUUCAAUGCUCUUUUCGAUGCCGCUGCCUUCUUCGGAAACAAGCGUAGCAAGCGCUAUGCCGUUGUGGUCAAAGAUGGCAAGAUCACCGAGACCUUUGUUGAGCCCGAUGCUACCGGCAUCGACAAGUCUGCAGCUGAGGAGGUUCUCAAGACUUUGUAG